UACACUCAUAGCACUUAACCUAGAAAAGUUUUAUGAGAAGGAGAGAGGGUAAAAAAAGCAGUGUUUGCAGGUUAGUCGUCCGGAUAGAUACUCUGCCUGAUCUGGAUUGCUUACACACCUGUGUGGGUGUCACUGGAGAAUGUAGCUGCAGCCUGUUAGCCAAGGCCACAGGACACACAUCAAGAUGGGAGAGGCUCAGAAGGGCUUACUCUCUGUCAUAGAGAAGCUGAAAGGUUCCACGGAGCAAGAGGUCAGGAUAGUGCUGCUGGGUUUGGACAAUGCAGGCAAGACCACACUGCUGAAAACCCUCGCCUCCGAGGACGUGAACACCAUCACACCGACACAGGGCUUUAACAUAAAGAGUGUUGCCUCUCAUGGUAUGAAACUCAAUGUUUGGGACAUUGGAGGACAGAGGAAGAUCAGACCCUUUUGGAAAAAGUACCUGGAAAACACGGACCUCUUGAUUUAUGUUAUUGACAGCGCAGACAAGAAGAGGUUUGAGGAGACAGGACUGGAGCUGUCCGAGCUGAUCGAUGAGGAGAAUUUAAAGGGCGUUCCGGUGCUCAUCUUUGCUAACAAGCAGGAUCUGGCAACAGCAUCACCGGCCAGUGAGAUUGCUGAGGGGCUCAACCUGCAUACGUACCGGGACAGAGAAUGGCAAAUUCAGGCCUGCUCAGCUGUGUCUGGGGAGGGAGUUCAGGAUGGAAUGAACUGGAUUUGCAACAACAUUGUGAACAGGAAGAAAUAAAGCACAGUCCCAAACAACACUGACCAGAGUCAAUCAGAGCAUCAGCAUCACACAAUGGGAUUGACUUCAUUUAUUAAUGAUGCACUCAGCUCACCCCAUAGAUUGGAACAACUUUGUUUUUAUGAAUUGUUAUUUUUAUGAAUAUUUUUCCAAAGUAGUCGAUAAAGAAGUACCUCUAGCUCUAAAAUGUAUUAGCCUUUUAGGUAUUAUCAUUUUGAAAUGAAAUGUUAGUGUGUUGCCAUACAUUAGUAGUUUGUGUGGGCGUGUCCGUGUGUAUGUGUAAAGUAUGCAUUUCGACAAUAAAAUUAGUCAUUUCUGUUUUGUGUAGCAUAUGUUUUUGAAUCAUAUUUGUACUUCUACAAUCAAAAUGUCCAUAUCUUAGACUUACCACCAUAUUUAGGCAGGAGAGACGGAUUUCAAGGACAAAAAAAGAAAAAGCUGAAUUAUAUGUGAUGGACAGAAACUGAAUUAAUGUCAAAAUGCUUUAGAAUGAAACAAUCAUGAGCUAAUCUGACAAGUGCUUACUUUAAUUCAAGAGGAAGACAAGCUGAGCAGCAAGACUGAAAGAAAAAACAGUUUAGAAUUACAUACUUACAUGGCAUAGCAAACAAGAUAUCAAAUCUUAAUGGCAUAGCAGAGCAAACAGUGCAGGAAAUUACACCAACAGAGCGAGACUGAGUAAUUUCAGCAGAAAGUUGUUUUUAUUUUUUUCUUGAAACGUUUUAUAUGUUAAUCUUGGGACUUAUUACAUUGCUGACUGCCCUUCUCACUGCAUUAUUUCUAGUUUUCAUCGACAGUUUGUUUUUUUCUUUUUGUCACAUGAUACCUCUUCCAUCCAGCUGUGAACGCUGUUUGUUCCUCCGACAGAAAUGCAAAUCACCUACAAGGUGGAAGCAGUUCGGAGGGACAAAGCCUGUUUUUAUGCACUUUGUAAGAUGUGUUCAGACCAUUGAUUUUCAGGUCUCUGUCAGCUACCUAUUCUUAGGGGACAUUUGUCAGAGGGGCUCACAUAAUCCUGUCAUUAUUCCUUAUGUAUUGUUUG